AUGCUUACUAGUAGUAGUAGUAGUAGUAGUAGUAGUAGUAGUAGUAGUAGUAGUAGUAGUAGUAGUAGUAGUAGUAGUAGUAGUAGUAGUAGUAGUAGUAGUAGUAGUAGUAGUAGUAGUAGUAGUAGUAGUAGUAGUAGUAGUAGUAGUAGUAGUAGUAGUAGUAGUAGUAGUAGUAGUAGUAGUAGUAGUAGUAGUAGUAGUAGUAGUAGUAGUAGUAGUAGUAGUAGUAGUAGUAGUAGUAGUAGUAGUAGUAGUAGUAGUAGUAGUAGUAGUAGUAGUAGUAGUAGUAGUAGUAGUAGUAGUAGUAGUAGUAGUAGUAGUAGUAGUAGUAGUAGUAGUAGUAGUAGUAGUAGUAGUAGUAGUAGUAGUAGUAGUAGUAGUAGUAGUAGUAGUAGUAGUAGUAGUAGUAGUAGUAGUAGUAGUAGUAGUAGUAGUAGUAGUAGUAGUAGUAGUAGUAGUAGUAGUAGUAGUAGUAGUAGUAGUAGUAGUAGUAGUAGUAGUAGUAGUAGUAGUAGUAGUAGUAGUAGUAGUAGUAGUAGUAGUAGUAGUAGUAGUAGUAGUAGUAGUAGUAGUAGUAGUAGUAGUAGUAGUAGUAGUAGUAGUAGUAGUAGUAGUAGUAGUAGUAGUAGUAGUAGUAUUAGUAGUAGUAGUAAUAGUAGUACUUCUAAUUAUUCACCAUAUACUGAUUACAGUGUUAACUAUCUAAUCAAAAUGUCAAAAUUUCUAUUAUUUUUAUCUAUACUACUUAUUAUUGAUCCAAUACAAUUAGUCAAUUCACGUUAUAUUGAUAAUACAUUAUUACGUAGUGUAUUAAAUUGUUAUGUGGAUUGUAUACAAAAUUCAACAAAUGAUAUACAAGAUAAUAAUUAUUGUUAUAAUGAAUGUUUUAAUAAUCCAAAUGAAAAACGUGGUAAAUUUUUCAUGUUAGGAUAA